AUUUUUGGCCUCGAGGUGUCGCCGUAACAAAUUUCCCGCCACUCUUUGAUCGUGCUGCGCGCUCUCGUUGACUGUUUACAUCGUCAAUGGCGGAAGUCGCUUCAUUCUGCGAGCUGGCUGAUUGAAGACGGGGCUCCUGUGGAUCCUGGCCAUGGAUGAAGAGUUGACGCCUUUGGACUGCCUGCUGCCCUCAGGCAAGCAAAAGAUCUGUCUGAUCAUUCUGAACCAGCCCUUGGAUAAGGACUACCUACACAUCCUCUGGAGUAAAGCUCUUGUGAAGGCAUGUGCUGAUGGAGCUGCUAAUCACCUUCAUAACAUCACUGCUGGAGUCAGAGACAGCUUUCUCCCCGACUAUAUCAGCGGGGAUUUUGAUUCCAUUACUGCCGAGGUCAAAGCUUUCUAUUCAGGCAAGGGGUGCAAGCUGAUAGAAACAGCCGACCAGGAUCUAACAGACUUCACCAAGUGUCUUGCAAUCAUGGUGGAGGAAAUUCAGAGACGGCAGUUACAGGUGGAUGCUAUAGUGACACUGGGCGGUCUGGCAGGCAGGCUUGACCAGACCAUGGCAUGUAUUGAGACACUUCACCAUGCUAUGUCCAUGACACAACUCCCCCUAUUGAUCAUACAGGGGACUAGUCUGGCAUACCUACUCAGACCUGGCAGCCACAGACUCAGGGUGAAAACAGGCUUGGAGGGGGACUGGUGCAGCCUCAUUCCAGUAGGUGGACCCUGCCAAACUACCACCACUGGACUCAAAUGGAACCUGAAUGACCAGAUCCUGCAGUUUGGGAAGCUAGUAAGCACCUCCAACACCUAUGAACCAGUCCCCCCUGGAAAUCCCAGGAAGCCUGUAACUGUGACAACAGACCAGCCUCUUCUUUGGAGCAUGGGCAUACGCAAGAAUGGGGAAUGACAGAAGAAAUCCCUUUUUGAUCAGAACAUGUAACUCCUUUUCUAAAGUCAUCACUAGUGUUUUUUUAAUUCACACGGCAUGAAGGAAAUAAGGAAAAAGCUGAAAGCGCUAUUUCAGGUGGCCCAAAAGCAAAAGUUAUUUUUAGUUUUUCCUAGUGUGCAGAGUUGUAUUCAAAAUGAAUAUAUGCGGUUGAUAUUCAAGCCUUAUUCUAGACAAAUAUCUGGUUCACAAAAAUAUUUAGGUAUGGACUAACAUGACAGCACAUUGCAAAGAAUUUACUGUCACCACAUGUGAAUGUGUUAAGGUAUCUGCUGUAUAUCAUCAUGUAAAUAUCAUCUUCUACAGUAUGUGCCUUUGACAUAUUUCCCAUAUUAACAUCUCACAUACUAUAUAAAGUAUUUGUGCCUUUUGAGAGUUUAAUGCUGUACUUCUGAAAUCAUGAGUGUUGUCGUGAUAGGAAGGCUAUGUGAAUAGACAGGACAAAUCAGUCUCCGGCUUUCCAUUGGUUUUAUUUACACAUUGAAAUACAAAUGCACAGAAUGUAAAAAUGCCAUCCCUUCAGUCCCCAAUCACACCAUCCCAAAAACGCUUUGCACCAUGUCUCCUGAGCCCAGGUAUUGAAGUUUGUUUUUGCUUGAUGAGGAUUUAACCGCCCCUAGA